GUGAAUUUCUCUACUACUAUGAUCAAACCGCUCAUGGUGCAAGUGUCUUCUCGAAGCUGCUGAGAGACUAAGGGGAUGGAAAUGGAAAUAACCUCUGUCUGAAAACUCCGUACAGAUUGCUCUGAAUCUCUGGGUGAAGAUGGCCUUCUUUCAGAAUAACUUCUGGGGGGAGAAGAAUGGCGGCUUUGACGUGCUCUACCACAACAUGAAGCACGGCCAGCUGGCAACCAAGGAGCUAGCCGACUUCGUCCGAGAGAGGGCGGCCGUCGAGGAGACUUACUCCAAAUCAAUGAGUAAACUCUCUAAAAUUGCCAGCAAUGGAAGUCCACAGGGGACGUUUGCUCCCAUGUGGGACGUGUUCAGGGUGUCCUCAGACAAACUGGCCCUCUGCCACCUGGAGCUCAUGAAAAAGAUGAACGAUCUCAUCCGGGACAUCAACAAGUACGGAGACGAGCAGGUCAAAGUCCACCGGAAGACUAAGGAGGAGAUGGUGGGGACGGUGGAGGCGGUGCAGGCGCUGCAGGUUCAGAGCGGUCACCUUCAAAAGUCAAAGGAGGGCUACCACAGCAAGUGUCUGGAGCUGGACCGGCUCAGGAAGGAGGGGGCGCCACAGAAAGAGCUGGAGAAGGCGGAGCUGAAGUCUAAGAAAGCGGCCGAGUCGUUCGCGUUGUGCAUCGAGAAGUACAACCGCGUGGGAGGGGAGUUUGAGCAGAAGAUGAGCGAGUCCGCCCAGAAGUUUCAGGAAAUCGAGGAGUCUCAUCUACGCCAGAUGAAACAGCUGAUCAAAAGUUAUUCCCAUUCCAUAGAAGACACACACGUCCAGGUGGGACAGGUCCACGAGGAAUUCAAGCAGAACGUGGAAAACAUUGGCAUCGACAACCUCAUUCAGAAAUUCGCCGAGCAGAAGGGAACGGGCAAAGACAGGCCAGCUCUGGUUGGAUUCGAGGAGUACAUGACAGCUCUGGCACCUGAAGGAAUGAAAAAGAGUCGAACAAAAGCCUUCAGGAUCCCCGGCCUCGGCAAGAGGGAUAAAGAGCCAGACUCUACGGAUUCAGCUGUGACGGAUGCACUGAAUUCGCCUCUGGAAGUGGACGACGAGGGGUUUGUCAUCCGAGCCGACAGCACACAGAAUGGCUGCUCUGACGAGAAGGAGAACAACUUCUACUCUAGUGACUCAGACUUCGACGACGAGGAGCCCAAGAAGUUCCACAUCCAGAUCAGACCGGUGGUCAGCAGCAGCCGCAGCAACUCGGUCGCCACGGAGAAGGAGCUGAAAGCCACCGUGGGGGCGCUCACCCUGCCCCCCAAAAGAGGAGGCCGCCAGCAGGUGCAAGGGAAGCGACAUCUCUCCAGAAACUCGAGCGCCGCAGGAGUCCGAUUAGAAGAAGGUGAAGCUGCCUCCCACAGAGAUGGGGAGCAGGACGGCCUACGCAGGUCCACCUCCAGCCCCGAUCACAGCAGGUUGAGUUCGACGGCGUCGGGCUCAGACAGUCUGUUCGGGCCUCCGCUGGAGCUGGCCUUCAAGUCCAAGAGCUUCGACAGCCGAGAUCAGCUCAGAGAGCAGAGCGCGUUCGGUGCUUCUGACUACACUGCCUUCUCGUCCGACUCCUCUUCUCCUGAGAACGUGGAGGACUCCGGCUUGGACUCGCCUUCCCAUCAGCCCCUGGGGCCGUCCCCCGAGCCCGUGGGCUGGGCGGCUUGGCCCCCCGUGUCCCAGAGCAAAGAACAGCCGCAGAAACUGGGGCGACCCGUCGACCCUUUCCUCUCCGCCUUCCGCGACCCCUCCCCCGGACGCGGCCCCCACCUGCAGGACGACCCCGCCGCCGCCGCCGGCGUCUGGUCCGUGGCCCCGUCGCGCCCCUCGCGCGUCCCCCCCGACGCGGACCCCUCGCUGGUGCGCUUCCCCGCGUUCUCCCAGUCGCUGCCGCCGCCGGAGGUGGAGUCGUCCGUGUGGAACUGCAAACACAUCCCCCCCGAGGACCCGUUCCUCGCCGCCUUCGAGAGGAGCGUCGCCCAGGAGACGCUGAACCUGUCGGACGCCUGGGCGCGGCCCCCGCCCCGCGUCCCCCAGGAGGCCCGGGCGGUCGAGGUGCGGGGGGACCCGUUCGCCGUCCCCCUCGCCGACGCCAAAACCCUCCCGACUCCUUCCUCCUCCUCCUCCUCCUCGCCCUCCUCCAAUCGCAAAGACAGAGACAGGAAACGGGACCGCAGCCUCCCGCCCCCCGUGACGUCCGACGACCCGUUUGCGAUCACGAUGAUCGGCAGCCCCACGCAUCAGUCCACGCUGGCUGCAGCGGGAAUAAUCGCUCCGCACAGCAGCAGCAGCAGCAGCAGCAGCAGCUGUGCCGGCGGUGGUGGCGGCGGCGGCGGCGGCGGCGGCGGCGGUGGCGGUGGCUCUGCCAACAACAUCAGAAUCGGACUCGAUGCUAAUACGAGCUCUUUACCAUCAGCUCAGCCCAAGAAGGAGCUGAUGCACUGGAACUCUGUCCACAACCCGUUCAGCGAAGGAGUCGGCUCCAAGACACAGGAUGGAGGAGGAGGAGGAGGAGGAAAAGGAGAAGGAGGAGGUGCAGAGAGGAGGAAACACCGGCCGUCAGAAAGUGAGCCGCGCAGGAACGCCCCUCCUCUCACGAGGCAUUCAGGGCCCCAGGAGGAUCUGUGCUUCUCCACGGACAAAGAUCAGGACUGUCUGGAUCUCACCCAAAUAACCUGCACCGUCAGCUCUCACAACAAGGGAUCCAAACAUAACUUCAGGCAGGACACAGCUGAGGCGGCGGCAGCUGCUCCUCCCAGAGCGACCCGGACCAAGAGGUCGUCAGGUCGACUCAGCGGCUGUGAGAGGUCCCGGUCUCUUUGCUCAUCGCCGCUGCCGGAGCCCAGCCCUUCGCUCACCUCCUCCUCUUCCUCCAGCCCCAGCGAGUGGGCGCCUCAGGCCAGAGACGGCGAGUGGGGGGGUCAGAACCGAGCGGCCAGUCCUGCCAGGGUGGGACAGGCCUCACCGCUGCCCUACCAGCACCAGGACCAUCAACAGAGGCCGUGUAAGACUCAAAGAAAAACAAUGCAUCUGUCCCGAGGUCCUAGUCCCAUUUCCCUCAGCACGCAGGAGGCCUGGCCGGUGGCGGCGGCCAUUACCGAAUAUAUCAACGCCUACUUCAAAGGUGGACAACACCACCGGUGUCUAGUGAAGAUCACAGGCGACCUGACCAUGUCCUUCCCGGCCGGCAUCACGCGCAUUUUCACCGCCAACCCCAACGUCCCCGUGCUCAGCUUCAGGCUCGUCAACAUCUCCAGGAUCGACCACUUCCUCCCCAACCAGAAGCUGCUCUACAGCGAUCCGUCUCAGAGCGACCCGGACACCCGAGACUUCUGGUUCAACAUGCAGGCGCUGCAGCUCUACCUGCAGCGGGAGGCCGAGCUCAACCCGCAGGCUUCCUACUACAACAUCGGCCUGCUCAAGUAUCAGGUGUCGUCCCAGGAUCCGGGUCGGGCGCCCCUCCUCCUCUCGGCCGAGUGCCAGCGGAGCGGCACCGUGACCCGGGUGUCCCUGGACUACCACUGCUGCCCCGCCACCGCCCCCUCCACCCAGCUCACCGCCGUUCAGGUGCUGCUGCCGCUGGACCACAGCGCCACCGACCUGCAGUGUCAGCCCCCCGCCUCCUGGAACGCUGAAGAGCGUCGGCUGCUCUGGAAACUCCCCAAUCUGUCCCCGACCAACCACAGCAAAGGCUCGGGGACUCUAUGUGCCAGCUGGCAGUGCCUGGAGGUCCCCCGCGGCCCCCCACCCAGCCUGGCCGUCCAGUUCGUGGGCUCCGGGGCGUCGCUGUCGGGGAUGGACGUGGAGCUGGUGGGAAGCCGCUACCGCAUGUCGCUGGUCAAGAAGAGAUUCGCCACAGGGAAGUACAUGGCCGGCUGCUCCUUGUGAUCUGUGUGUGUGGAUCGUUUUCGGAUUCGUGGAAUCGACCUUUCGUGGAGAACUUUGCACUUUUUUUCUGAGUCGAGAGACAGAAACACCAGGAGAGAGACUUUAAAAAAGGAAAAAGAAAUUAAAAAAAAAAAAAGGAGGCCUCCCUUUAGACCUCUGCCUCGUAGGACAAUGUGCACUUAUUCUGACCAAGCCUUUUCUUCUUCUUCUCCUUCUUCUUCUCUCCCUCUAAUGCGAGUCGUGUGUUGUUCAUUCAGUCGUUUCCAGGAGGAGCCUCUUUUCUUUUUCUCCCUCUCUCCGCUCACAUCGUGUUCUGUGUGCCUUUGUAUCAAGAGACUGCAGACGAAGCUAGAUGUCAAAACUUCUCACAGAGACGAACGAAGGAGGACGGACAAGAAAAAAAAGGAGUGUGCGAAUUAAGUUGCCAUGGAAACUAGGACUUUUUAAAUUGUGUAAAUAAUGCGUCUCCAGAUCAUCCUUCUACCGAACCUUAAAAGAAGAAUAAUAAUAAUAAUAAGUUUGUAAAUCUGACGUUUGUUCCACUUAGAGGUUUUGUGAUGUUGAUAUUUGAUAAAAAUAAAUGUGCUCAUGUGCUUU